AUGUCAAUAUUUUCAGUAGGGUUAUUUAAAUCCUUUUCAAAUGAAGAUUUAUAUACUAUAUCAAAAUCUUAUCCAUUAAAUUCUUCACAUAUUUAUCAACCUUUUACAUCAAAAAAUAUAUUACAUUUUCAAUUUAAUAUUCAUAAAUUUUUAAAUAGAUUAAUAUAUGGUACUAAGAGACUCAACGAGUUAUUUCCAAAAAUUAACAAAUCAUUUAUAACAAAUUUUAAUAACAACAAAAAUCUUCAAAAUAAAUCAUCUUUCCCAAUAAAUUGUGCAGCUGAUGAUUUAGAUUUAGGUUUUGAUGGUAGUGAACAAAUAUUUUUUAAUAAUAAUGAAUUAAAUGAUUUAAAUAAUCUUAAUAAUCAUCAUCAUAAUCAUCACCAUAAUCAUGAUAAUGAAUUUAUUCAUAAUAAUAUAAAUUUUAAUGGUUAUUCAACUAAUUUUCCAAAUUCAAAUUUUAAUAAUAAAAAUGGAUUUAAUGAUGAUAUUAUUACUCCACUUUAUCAACAACAAUAUCAAUUUGAAUUACAACAACAACAAAAUCAACAACACCAGCAACAAAAUUACCAUCAAAACCAUCAUCAUCAUCAUCAUCAUCAUCAACAUCAACAACAACACCACCAAACUAAUAACCAAAACUUACCAAUGUUCGAUGAUUUCUUCGAAGCUCAUCAACAUCAUCACCACCACCACAGCAAAUCAAACAAAUUUAAUGAAAAUAUUUUUGAAUCAUCAAAUAAUAAAAAACCUUCAAAUUCAAUGGAUGUUUUCGAUAUUAUGAAUAAAUCAACUAUUUCAUUUUCACCAAAGACAAGUAAAUUAAAUAAGGAAAAUUUAAAUAAUAAUACAAAUUAUCAAAUAAAUUAUUCAAAAUUUCAAGAAUUUCAAGAAUUUGAUCAUCAUCAACUUUCUCAACAACAACAACCACCACCACCUUAUUUUGAUGAUUUUCAACAUGAUAAUGAUGAAUCUAAUAAUAUAAAUAUUCCUUCAAAAUCAAAUACUACUAAUAAUAAAGAAUAUGAAUUAUAUUUACAAUCAAGUAUUGGUGGUACAAAUUCAUCUAUAUCUUCUGCUGAUAGUUUUUUAAGUCCAUUAGAUGAUGAAAUUUUUGGUAAAUAUUCAAAAUCUUCACCUGAAUCUUUUAGUUUUGAAAAUAAUAAAUUAACUUUACAUUCACAAUCUCAAUUGCAACAACAACACCAAAUUCAAUCACAAUCAUUACCAGUAAAUUUACAUUCUCAUCAACAUUCAAAAAGGAAAAACUUAAGGAAAAGAAAAUUAGAAAUUACAUCAACUACUUCACCAUCUUCAAUUUCAUCAAAUAAUGAUUUAGAUUUACCAAUUUCUCCUACAAAUACAAUGUAUAAACAACCAAAACAAAAAAGUAAAAUAUCAUCAACUACCAAAACCACUGCAACCACUACCAAAACCAAAAAAAUGAAAUUAUCAAAAACUAAAACCAAAAAAAUUACCGUCAAACAAGAACCAAAUACUUCCCCUGUUGAACUUCCCAAAGAAGAAGAAGAAGAAAUCGAUGAAAAUUUAAAACCAACUAUAACAACAACAAGAACAAAUAAUCAAACAGUUCGAAAAUUAUCAUAUACAACAAAAACAGGUAAAAUAGAUCAUACAUUUGAAUGUCCACAUUGUGAUGCAAAUUUUAAAGUAAAAGGUUAUUUAACAAGACAUCUCAAAAAACAUAAUCUGUCCAAGGCAUUUAUGUGUCCAUUUUAUCAAGAAAAUGGUAAAAAUGGUACAAAAUGUCAUCCAACUGGUGGAUUUUCAAGAAGAGAUACUUUUAAAACUCAUUUAAAAGCUUUACAUUUUAUUUAUCCUCCAGGAACAAAAUCAAAUGAAAGAAUAUUAUAUAGUGGUAGAUGUGCUGGAUGUUUUCAAUUUUUUGAAAAUAAUUUUCAAUGGUUAGAAAAACAUAUUGAAACUGGUGAUUGUCAAGGUACUGUAAUGUAUAAAGAACAAAUAAAUCAAAGAUUAUCUUCAACUAGUAGUUCUAAUGAUAAUGGUUCAUUGGGGUCAAAUGAUUUAGGAGGUUCUUCUUUUAUUGAUAAUGAUAUUGUUGGAUUAAUGGAAGAUAAUGAAGAUUAUGAAGAAGAAGAAAUUAUUGAUGAUGAAGAUGAUGUUGACGAAGAUGAAGAUGAAGACGUUGAUGAGAUUUAA